GACGAGCUCGUGCCACCGGUGCCGUUCCCACACCUUUUAUAUCUUCCGGGAAAUUCCCAAUUUUUGGGAGGAAAGAUAUUGGGAAAACAAGAAUAUUCCCAAACGUGUCUAACGCUAGAUACACUAUACACAUAUAUAAUGACUAACUAUUAUAUACGAUAUAAUGAUGGCUAUGACGCUAUUUGGAUCACUAAACCCGAUACGUGUAGUGUUGAGACAGUGAAAGAUCUCAAGUGUUUUCUACAGUCCAAUGGUCUGUACAAUGAAAACACACAAAAUAUUGCCAUUUCCAGCACUUCCCCGAACCGCGAUAGCACUUAUUGGCAUUAUUAUCAAUUUAAAUGUGAUGAUUACAAAUUGAACGGUGGGGAGUGUUAUAUACUAAUUCAACCAAUACCUAAUCCCCCAAUUCUGUCGGCACAAUUAACCAGUUUGAGUGAAGAGUCGGACCAAAAGUGUCGUCAAUUGUGUGAAAAAAUAUCGACUCUUAAGGCAAGCAAUGAGUGCGAAGUAAAUGCAUUGAAAGCACAGCUCAAGACAGCCAUCCAUUCAAUGGAGACAAUGACUGAAGAGAUCAAUCAUUUGAAACAAAGCGAUCAACAAAUGGUCACAGAUUUGAGUCAAGUGUUGACACAAAACACCAGUGGUUUUAGUGAAGAGAUGUCGGCUCUGAAGGCAAGCAAUGAGUCCGAAGUGAAGGCAUUGAAAGCACAGCUCAAGACAUCCAACGACUCAAUGGAUACUCAGAUCAAAGUUUUGAGACAAAAGUUUAGCAAUAAAGAAGUGAAAGACUGGAUUCAAUUGAUUAGUUCAGCGCUACUUAUCAUAUGCUUAUUAUCGGGUGUUUGUAUUGUGUCCGCAAAAGUCAGUGCUUUGAGUGAAGAGUUGUCGACUUUGAAGCAAAGAUUGUCGUCAAACACGAGUGAUCCAAAAAUGGUCGCACAGUUUAGUGAAUUGUGGGCCAAUAAAAGUUGUUUAACUGAAGAGUUGUUGGCUUUAAACACGAGCAAUGGAUACCAAGUGAUAGCUUCACAGCUCAAGUCAGCCAUGGAUUCAAUUCAGACAAUGGAGAAAGAGAUCAAUGAAUUGAGAGAAAUGUUUUUGAUCUCUGAUAACAGUUAUCAAACAGUGGCCACAGAUUUACGAAUAAUUACUAUAAAUGGUUUAAGUGAUUGGUUGUCAGUAUUGAAGCCAUCGAACCACACAAUUAACUCCGAUGUCACACAAUUGGCUCAACAAAUCAAUGCACAGAAUUUAAGGAAUUCAAUGAGUGAUUCGUCCUCCAGUUCUUCAUCGAUCGGAUCCCACAAUGAAAUGACCACUAAUUCAGACGAAACCAGAGAUGAGAUCAAUAUUCGGGAUAUGUUUAAGAAAAUUGAGAAUCAAAUCAAAUCUCUAUCCCAUAUGACAUACACUCUAUUGAAGGCUUUGGUUAUAGAGAGUGACUUAUCGGUGACAACACUCGAUGUCAGACAAUCGGCCGAAGACUCGGAUGACAGCGAAUCCAUAGUUGUUGUCGACUCACAUCACGAA